AUGCAGGCUCUCACGAAAAGGGCCGAGGGGCUCGUCCCUGCCGCCAGGCUCUCCCCGUCGCGCAGGUUCGCCGGACCGUGUCCACGACGCAAGCUUCACCUCGACAGCGUCGGGGCCGCCGUCGGCUGGACGGCAGAUGGCAUCAGCUCCAUGCAUGCCGCCGGGCUGCCGUGGUAUCUCUCCAUCCCCCUCGUGGCCGUGGCCGUCAACUUUUCCUUCAGGCUGCCCCUCCAGCACUUCACCCGCCGGCUCGUGAUGCGGAGAAACGAGCUCAGCCCGCUCGUGGCCGCCUGGGGCUCGCGACACGCCGCCGCCGUUGCCCGGGGAGCCGACGACGCCGCCGCCGAGCGUGUCUGGAGGCUGCGCGUCGCCGGCCUCACGGAAAAGUCGCGCAGGAGAAUCUACAAGGCCUGGCGCGUUCAGCGGUGGAAGACGCUCGCCCCCUUCCUCAGCAUCGUCCCCUUCGUCGUCGUCUCCGAGGCCAUCCGCCGGCUGUGCGGCGCGCCCAUGGGCUGGCUGAGCCAUCAGAUGGGCUUGCUGCCGGGCACGACCGCCCUCUUCCACGAGUCCCUCGCCGAGGGUGGCUGCCUCUGGUUCGUCGACCUCACCGCCAUGGACCCCUACUACGCCCUCCCGCUGCUCUGCUCGGCCCUCCUCGCCCGCACCUCGUGGGGUCGGCUGUCCAAAGAGCAGCUCCGGGCCCUCCUCUCUCCCGGCCGGGCCGGCCGUCCCGCGACGCCCGUCUCGAGGCUGCAGACGGCCGUCGGCAGGGCCCUGCUCCUCGUGCCCCUCCUCCCCGUGGCCUUUGCCGACCUCCCCAGCGCCAUCUUCCUCUACUGGGCCGCCACCUUUGGCCUCAACGACGUGAACGAAUCCAUCCUGUCGAGGCUCAUUCCCAAGCAACCCCCCAAGCUCCCGCCGCCGCAGCUCGGCGCGCCCGCCGCACCUUGGCUGCGCGGGGACGAGGCAAACCAAACGACGGCCGAGGAAACGGACGCGCGUGGGAAGAGUGUCGCCUAG